AUGACAAACACUGAGUUUGAAACAGUUAAAAAGAUAGACAAUGACACCAAAGUGGUUAGAAUUGGUGAUUUAAACGUAAGAUACUCAAAGAAAUACAAAAAAUAUUCUUUGUCAGACAUUUUAACACUAUCUGAAGGAAAGAAAACAUCCCACGACUGGGUUAGAAAUGCUUCUACUCAGAAAAUUUUGACAAGAAAUCCUGAGCUUAUGAUAUCGGUAAGAUUCUAUGGAACAAGAGCAUAUCUUAUAGACAAAAGUCUUAUACCAGUAGUUUUGUUCUGGAUUGACCCAGUUGUUGGAUAUAAUUUCAUAACAUAUGGUUCAUUCGAUACAGAACGUUGCAGUGAAGGCUUACUUUACAUCGUUCAGAAACCGAAGGACUUCAAUACAAAGAGAUAUAAGAUAGGAAGAACAUAUAAUAUAACUCAAAGAUAUGACAGUAUAGUCAAUAGAGUCAAGGUUGUGUUCGUUAACGAUAUGAGAGCUGCUGAAACAGAACUACUUGAAAAGUUUGAGAAAAUGUAUGGUGCUCCCACGAGAGGUAAAGAAACGUUUGAAGUAGAUGAGAUCGACAAAGCUAUAAAAUUAUUUGACGAAGUUGCUGAAAAAUACAUGUAA